AUGCGGCCGUCGCCGCCGCCGCCGCUGUUAUCGAAACGCGGUCAACGGAACGCGUCUUUCGCCGCCCCCGUCCGAAAAGUUCGCGCGCGCACCACGGCUCGCACGUCGUUCAUCAAUUCUCUCAAGCAGUCGUUUUGUAGAGGUCAUGAUGAAUCCCUGCUAGUCCAUGACAUGGACGUCGCCGACAAGUCGGUGGCCACCGACGACCUCCCGGCCGCGGUGUACGACACACGUGCGGAGGUGGCGCGCUUGGAGGCGGUGCUCAAUUCACUCGUCGAGCAGAAGGUAGACGCGAUGAAACAUUCAGCGUCUGGCCGGAAGUUCAUCAGGGCCGUAUCGUCAGCCAGUCCGAAGACGCUCGCCAAACGACUGCGAAUUGCUUCUCUUUCUACUUCCAUUGCGGAUCGCGACCGGGAACGCGAUGAGAGCACAAGAUACUCCAAGAGGAAACGUCGACGACAUCAAAAGGCCCACAAAGGAGGUGGUAGAAUAUCACAAUUGCGAACGCCGGAGAGGCAGCGACCGCCUAUUCCGCUGCCCACCGCCGCAGUCACGCAUUCGACGCUCGCUGAUGUCGACGACGUUUACCUUCAAUACGAUCCUGCCGCCGGCGGAAGUUGCUGUUGUGCGGAUCACUCGCAAACAGAUCUUCGUAUUCCAGUUAGUUGUGAUGAUGAUUACGUCUCGUUGAAAAUCGACGAUUGCGACGAUAUCAUCUACGACGAAGAAGACGAGUACGAAGCGCGUCGACGUCGCAGAAAACGAAGGAAACGCCGACGAAAGCGACGUAAAUUACGCGCCAUGGCGGCGGUCGCCAUUGUGGAAGAAGUGCGCGCUAUUGACCCCGAUGAGUUACCACCGAAAGCACGGUGGACAAUCAUCGCCACCGCCGGAUUACUGCUCUUCAUGUGUUUGAUGUUGGUUGGCGUCACGCUGCGAAUGGCGCCGCUCAUCGAUGACAUGGUACGAAAAGAAAACGAGGCAUUGAGGCAUUCGCUGCACGGGAACACAACGUUUACCAUUGCUGACAUGAGUUCGACGCCUUGAAUUCCACACAUUCGUCAAUCGCGCAAAUAAAUAUGAACAACCACGACGAGUACGUAAGAAAAUAUUGUCGAGAUGCAACCAAUCUAAAACAAAUCGGUCUAAAUAUACUUAUAAAAGCUGUAUACGAGUACAUAACCUCAAAAGCUCAAAAUUGGUUGCGUCUCGCAGCGUAUUGUUUCCAAUGUACAUGUGUUACACGCUGGUUUACGAUUACUACACACUACUCCACAAUACAAAUUAUUGCAACACUAUUGUUAAACGUAUCGGACGCGUGUGUAUCACUUGUUUUAUAUUGUAACUCUAGCGGAGUGAAUUCAGGCAAUUCCGAGCUAAUUUGGUUGUCUAUCUCAGAAUUUAGCUGCAUAAUGAUUGUGUAUAGUCGUGAUUAUUGAAUGUGAUACCUGACGAACCCUCCAAUUGUCCAGAAAACACGAUGUUUUGCUCUGUUUUUCACUGUCUUAAAAUGAAUCAAAACAUACAUACACAUUAUAAAUGACGCAUUCAAAUCUGUCCUUCAGUGAAUUUCGAGCUUUUUUCGCUUUGGCGUAAAGGAACAUGUUUGUAAAAUCAAUUUUAUCGCACCUUUAAUCGCAAACUGUGCAUGCGAAAAGGUCAAACUCAUGAAAUUCUAUUACUGAUUGCUGGACUGAAAAUGGUGUGCAUGUGGAUAUCAGCAGGUUCGCUUCGUGUUUGCGUUUGGGAAAAUAAACCGUUGGGAUUAUUUUUCUUACAUUUUGAAAAAACAACAAGAUUGUUAAAUGUUUUAAAUCAAUAUGUGUGUUAUUCAGUAAAGUUUUGUUUAAAAAAGUAAUAAAAGACUGAUGAAAUCUACAAUCAGAGGUAAAAAUAUAAUACAGGGUAAUAAAAAAACAAAUCAAUAGAGUUAACUUGUUGUUCUAGUCUGACCAAAAAGCAAAUGAUAAAGAAACAAUAAAAUAAUAACGAAAACUGGCAAUAAACAAGCAAAAAGUAAAACAUUCUAAAACAAGCAAAUAUUUCAUGCAAUAAUAACGCAACCCACAUGACGGCUGCGUACAUAGGCAACUUAAACAUCAUUAAAUCAAUAACCUGUUGGUAUCCGCACACACAUUAUUUUUAAAUACAAAAAAUAAGAAAUCAGAACAUAUCCCAAUAUUGGUAGUGCAUGUACACGUCAAAUAUAUCACAGAGUCAAAUUGGUAAACAAAGUAAACAAAAUCGAUGUUCACAUAUAGUUGAUAUAUAAACCUAUCAAUAAUAUUAUUGUUAAUUCGUUACAUUUACUCACUCUCACUCUCAACUGCUAAAUGGAAAUAAAAUACUUACACAAACACACAUAAUACAAAACCAAACACUCACAUAUAAAUAAAGAGAUAAGUAAACGGUGAGAAGCUGCCACGAUUGCAGUUUAUAAAUGUUUAAAUGUCCCUUGGUAAACCUGACAAUCAAACAGGAAUCAAUUAUCCAGAAACGGAGUUUAAAACUUGACUAAACAAAAAACCACGAAAUUUUUGUAGAUUUACGGAUUUACAAAACACAAUCAAUUGAUAUUUGAACAAGAAAAUUGAAGAUCAUUAUGAUAUUAAUACGCAUAAUUAAAUUGUAAACGGAUAAAAUGUCUAUCAGUAAGGCAUCAAAGCGUAAUGUAAAUGAAUAAAUCGUUGUUACAGACGUAAAUUAUUAUUAUUUAGAGAUUUAUAAUUGUUAACGCAUUUAUCUAUGUACGUUUAAUAAUAAAAAUCAUGUUAACAUGAAA